AUGGUCGAUAAUCCUCAAGUCACCCCGCCCGAGAUACGGCAGAGCAUCUACCGCAAAGCUGUCGUCGAGCUGCACAACAAAAUUGGCGUGGAUUACGUCGAUUGGAUGGAGGAUACUGCUGCAAGCGUAUUCGAGACAUUCACCGAGAUCGAUACUACCACUUAUCCCGAGACGUUCGGCCCUCGAGACGAGGACCCUCUGGUACACUUCAAUGAGUGGCUGGCCAACCUCCCUCGGCCUGCCUACGACCCUUACAGUCAUUAUGAGAGCAGGGCGGAAGAAGAAGGUGCAAAUGGGAGGAUGAAAGAUCCGUUUAUCAACGCGGUCAUGAAGAGGCACAAGGAAGCGAAGUCCAGUAGCCCGGCGCAGGUGUCUUUCAAGCCUAUCGGUGAGUAUCUCUGUACAGUGUUGACUCUUUCUGUAACGACCUCAGAUGAUCCGUGGCCCGAAUACCUUCAUCCUCGAGAGGUCCUCAUGACAGCAAAGAUGAUGGAAGAGACUCUUACCAUUGGCAAUGGAGAUGACGGCUUGCCUGAGAAUUACGAGGUGUUGGGUGACAAGGGUUUUCAUAUCUUGGGUAUCCUCAGAAACCCGCAGAUCAAACCAAGGCAGGCAAAUGCCGAGGAAGUCUUGAAUCUGCGACCGGACUGGUCCGACGAGGAGCUUCAUAUUGCAAGCGAGAAGGUCAAAGACGUGAACACCAAGAUCAAGGCGUAUAACAAGACCAUCAGCGGGGCCGUCUCUGGCAACCCUAUCUGGGGUAAAUGGGAAGAAGAGUCGGAAUUGCUGUUGAAUAGUGUACCUUUGCCACUCUCCCCACCCCUCUUUCCUCUCAAAGAAGCCGUGGCAGACUUGCCUCAGCUUCCCGAAACAUUCAAGGAUUUGGAAGGAACUGUAGGGGAGGCGAGUCAUAGUAGGUUGAGGCUAUCGGGGAGCCGAGCUAUGACGGGUCGAGGAUUGGGACCACGAUGGGCUACGGACAAUGACAGCCAAGAAUUUCUCGAACAGGUGAUGAGCUCAAACAAUUUAGACAAGUUUGAUGGGGUACCAUUUGCGCCCUUGACUCCUAAAAGUGUCGAUAAGCAUUCACGUCUCCAACCCAUACAGUCUCAAGCUACAUUUUUGCCACCGUCUCCUCCCCCGACUCACAGCAGAAACAAGCGGAUGCCUUGGGAAGAAAACCCUCGCAUCGAACCGCCUUUGAUGCCCGCACGCUUCGACCUGCCGUCUUCAAACUCGCAUCACAUCGAUCAACUGUUUACUCCCGUCAGAAAUUCGUCACCUCCUCUUCCGCCCGUGACUGUGGAAGGAAGAACAGACAUCGCCACUCCCAGUCUCUCUGGCGUGGCCGAGCAGAUGGAAGAUUCUUGCGUUCAGCCGAUCAACAAAGUUCUCCGAGACAUCCUCUCUACCACCCAGUUGGACACUCACAAAGAACGAGAGGGGUAUGGUACAGCGGAAGAGACUGCAUUUGCUCAUGCUACCAGCGAAGAGCUCGACACCACCAAAACGAACCAUAUAGGGAUACCGAAUAUAACGGAGGAGGCCUAUUCAGAUCCCAGAAACAAUCUUCCCAUGUCAUACUCCGGUUUGGCCGACAGUCUGGCGGGAGGUGUCGAGACAGAUAGGAUGCUUUUCGUCAAGUACCCUGGGGUCAGCACUGCUUUGGCGAGCGAGCUUGACUGGGAUCCCUAUCGAUCACAUCAUCACUCCCCUGUCCGUCAUGAUCAUGCAGCAAACGUUUCUGCCUUGCCAGACCCCCCAGCCAGCCAACUCCGACAUUCGUCCGGUCACCUACCUGGUCCCGUACAUCAUCCAGCUGAUGCCGCCAUUCGAAGUCUUGUCGAGAGACCAAUGAAGAAGAUGACGCCAGUCAAGCCGCGGUGGAUGACAAUACAAGACGCUGAAAGGGAGGAAGCGCUCAAGUCUUCCAACAAGAAGAGCUUGACUUCUUCGGCUCUUUCAGAGACUACCACUCUACCCGCGACCUAUACACCUUCUCCAGCCGCCAAAGGGAAGACAAACAAGAGGAAAAAAGGUCAGGUGAUUCCAGGUGACGUGGGGGAUAUGCCCGAAGACGAUGGACUGGUUGAUGCGGAGAUCGUGACCAUCACACCUACUCCAAAAAGCACGAAAGAGGCGGUCGGUGACUCGAGGAAGAAGAGAAAGGCUGCUGAGAGCCUAAAAGCUCCCUCAAAUCCGACUCUAGACGACAUCCUCAUGUCAAUUGUUCCCCCGCCUCAAACUCAAGAAUCGAACCGUGAAAGAACAGGUCACUCAAAGGAGCUUUCAACAGUCACUCUGACUCGUCCCACAAACGCUGAUCCCUCGACUUUGAGCGGCUUCCUGCAUCUGCAGAACCUUGGUCAUUUGGCUGGACAGGAUGCGGAAGUGGCCUGCAAACAAGCGGUCGGGCAAGAUUUGUCUGCGAUAUUCGAAGAAGACGAGGAAGGAGAACCCGUGAAUUGGAGGGCUGAUCCCGCAAUUCAGAACCCAUCAUGGUAUGACCGUGCUUCCCAGGGGAAUGUCCAGCCUUACGCCAAUCCGAUGCCUGUCAUCGCCAAGGUAGAUCUCUUCAAGAACAGGCCUCUCAUCAAGGCUUUGGAGAGCCAAAACUUUUAUCUCUUUGACAAUCGCGACUUGCAAGGUGCUGAUCUGGUCAUCUCACCUGUGACGGCUGUUAUCUUCCGCUCGCUUCAAACCUUGCCUGAUGUCCAUGUCCAACUACUCGAGCAGCUGAAAGAAGCAGCAAGCUUCUAUCACCAUGUCAUCCUCGUUUUCGAGACCAUCUCUUUUGUCAUCGCCGACAAGCACGAAGACGCUGGGAAGUGUGCCAAUCCUCUCGGUGUCGAGAUCAUCCAUGCCCUUGGAUCACUCAAGAGAGGGCAGAAGGCGGCUUGGCAAGGGGACGCUGACAUCAUCGGUAAGGUAGAGUUUGUCUUUGCCUGUGAAGGUGCCAAUGAAGUGGUAAGGGGUGUCAUGGGAGCGCUGGAAUCAGACGAGGCGAUGUUGAAAGACAGGAUGGGGGAGGAGGAGUACCAACGCUACGGUGGGCGAAGAUGGAUGCAGUCUGAACCUGUCCCUGAUCAUGAGGCUACAUUGAUUGACACGUUCGGUGUCAAUACAUUCAACGCCAGGUUUGCCACUGUCAGACAUGGUGGCGCCGAACGACUUGCUUACGAUAUGUCCGCUGAAGAGCGGCUGCUACUGUUGGGUCCUGUCUGGGGUGAAGAUGUUGUGAUAAGAUUCAACGAUGUCCUCAAAAGUACGCGUUCUGACGAGGGCGGGGAGAUGGCCGGCCAGGACAAUUAG